AUGGCGGCAGAGUUUGCCAAAUGGGUGAAUGUGCCGGAGGUCAUACCAGAUGACUUUGAUGAGGAUGCACUACUGCAGGCUGCUCUGGAGGCUGAUUCAAUACCAGGCAUAACAGUCAACCACUCACAAGCACAGUAUUUCUCCUGCUUGUUUGUCUUGGAGGAAGUGAUAGAUAUUAAGAACAACAUUCGGUCCCAUAGUCCCAGUGGGAUGGGAUGGGACAGAACAUCAUAUGACUUAUUUAUGGCCCUCCCGAACAACCUCCUUCUCAUGUUCUUCAACUGCUGCCUUGAGACAAGAGCAAACUAUCACCUGAUUGGGUUGGAAUCAUGUCUCUUGAAGAUGUUCACGCUUCUGCUUGAUAGGCAUGUCCAUCUCUGGAUAGAAGAUAAUCACAUCCUGCCUGAGUCUCAGAACGGCUUUCGUAGAGGUUAUCAUGCAAUGAACAAUCCUUUCAUCUUGCGCAUGGCUAUUGACAAGGCACUGGCAGAAGGUCAAACACUGUAUGUCGCAUUUCCUGAUCUCACAAAUGCCUUUCCAUCAACAGAUCAUGCUUCUCUGUGA